CCCGUGUAGGCGCUUUACGACGUUUUACGACACCGCUCGCGCUUGCUUGACGGCACACGUGGCCGUAAAGCGUCACACGGGGCCCUCAAGCCGCAACUCGAUUUACUGACAUUGGCUCGGUUGUAAAAGCGUGGAGCAAGUGCGAUCUGGGGGCCGCUGCGGGGAAAGAGAAAUGAGCCACUUCGAGGAGAAGAGCGGCGUGGUGGCGAGCGAGACGCCGUGGGGUCGCUGGUACCAGACGUUGGAGGAGGUCGUGCUCGAGGUGUCCGUUCCCGUAGGAACUCCUCCGCGUGACGUUCGCUGUGAGCUCGCACCUCGCACCCUACUCGUCAAGGUCCUUGGCACCAACCUCAUCCAGGGAAAGCUGUGGGGAAGCGUGAUUUCAGACGAAAGCACAUGGACCCUGGAGGACCGCCGUGUGUUGCGCGUGGUGCUGGUGAAGUCACACCGUGAGGCUAGAAGCUGCUGGCCGUCCUUGCUUGAGGGAGCCUUCCCUGCCGACCCCAUUACCCUGGAUAACAUGCAGAAGAAGCUCACUCUGGAGAGAUUCCAAAAUGAGAACCCAGGAUUUGACUUCAGCGGAGCAGAAAUAAGUGGAAACUACCAGGGUGGAGGCCCUGAUCUGUCGCAGCUCGGGUAGCCUCUCCUCUCACUAUUCUCUCGGGUCUCUGCUCCAGGAGAAUGAUUUUCAAGAUCAACACAUUGAAGCUUUGUUCCGCAAGAAUCAUUGAGAUGCAUUUCCCAGAAACUGGUAUUCACCAUCAGCGGUUUGAAGCUGGACUUCAAUAAUUGUAACUAUGUUAUAGCAAUUAGGGUUUUUUAAUAUUAACAUUGAUGGGGAUUUGCAGUUACUGAAUUUGACAGUAGCGUUUCAUGAGUCUUAAACAGCCACAACUAAUGUAGUUUAAGUUUAUCAAUCUGUGUUCUUAUUAGGCUUUACUUAUGACAUCACUUUGGGGCUCACUAGCCUUUUAUUUAACAAGCAGGGUGUUUCACCUUUGCCAAGGAGAUCACAGUUGCUGUUGUGAGCAUUUAUUCCCAGCCACAAUGCACACAGCUUCUAAAAUUGUAUAAAGAUGUUUAUGUAAAAAGUGACGUUUCAAAUAAAAUGAAUAAAUGAAA